UAACAACCCAAUCGGCCUCAUUCACAUUCCACAUUCCAAUUUUCUCUUCAAUUUCAUCGUCAUAAUUACGAUAAUAAUUAUAAUAAUCGAAUUUCUAGCUUCAAUUCCUUCGCAUUCAUUAACGUUUCUCCAAUUUCUUUAAUCGCAAAGAGUGUGAAUGAGCUGAUGGAGUCUAAAGGUGGUAAAAAGAAGUCUAGUAGUAGUAAAACCUUAUACGAAGCUCCUCUCGACUACAUCAUUGAAGACGUUCGCCCACACGGUGGAAUCAAGAAGUUCAGAACUGCUGCUUACUCCAACUGCAUCCGCAAACCAUCCUGAGAUUCGUUUGGUUGUGUGACAUAGCCCCCCCUUUAGGCUUUACAAACUGCAACAUUUUCUACUCCUGUCUUCUUUCUAUUCUCCUUCUCCUUUUCCUUCUUCUCCUUGUUUCAUCUUUCUCUGUCUUGCUUUGAUUUCUCUAUUGCUCUUGAUCUACACCACAGCAUUUUGUUUCUUUGAGUGAAGAUGGCUUUGACCGCCUCAGCUAUUGGUUUUGAAGGCUAUGAAAAGAGGCUCGAGAUAUCGUUUUUCGGCGAAGGUUUAGGCCUCCGGGCAUUGUCUAAAGCCCACUUGGAUGAGAUUCUAGAACCAGCACAAUGCACUAUUGUUUCCUCUCUGUCAAAUGAUGAUGUUGAUUCUUAUGUUCUCUCAGAGUCAAGCUUGUUUGUUUAUUCUCAUAACAUCAUCAUCAAAACCUGUGGAACUACAAAACUACUUCUGUCAAUCCCUGCCAUUCUUAAGUUGGCCGGUUCCCUCGACAUGACUGUGAAAUCGGUGAGGUACACUCGAGGAAGCUUCAUUUUUCCUGGGGCACAGCCCUUCCCUCAUCGUAGCUUUUCAGAGGAAGUUGAUCUUCUUGACAGCUAUUUUGGCAACCUUGGUUCCGGUAGCAAAGCUUCUGUGAUGGGUGAUCCUGACAAGUCACAACUUUGGCACAUCUACUCUGCUUGUGCAGAGCCAAAAGCCUCAUCUGAAGCAGCAAUCUAUGGCCUUGAGAUGUGCAUGACUGGAUUAGACAGGGAAAAGGCCUCUGUUUUCUUCAAAGAAAACACUGACUCUGCAGUUAUGAUGACUGAAAAUUCUGGAAUCAGGAAGAUCCUUCCAAAGUCUGAGAUAUGUGAUUUUGAAUUUGAUCCCUGUGGCUAUUCGAUGAACGGAAUCGAGGGAAGUGCGAUCUCCACUAUCCAUGUAACACCAGAGGAUGGUUUCAGCUAUGCAAGUUUUGAAGCUGUUGGCUAUGAUUAUGAAAAAACUUCUGUGUCUGAACUUAUUGAGAGAGUUUUGGCUUGCUUUGAACCAUCUGAGUUCUCUGUUGCUCUACACAGUGACAUGCAUGGUGAGAAGCUUUUCAACAAAUUUCCCCUGGAUAUUGAUGGAUACUACUGUGAGGAGAGGAGCAAUGAAGUGCUAGGAGCUGGUGGCGGUGCUGUUGUGUACCAUAGCUUUGUCCGAGCCGAUGGAAGUGCAUCUCCUAGGUCUAUUCUUAGAUGCUGCUGGAGUAGUAGUGAGGAUGAGAAGGAAUAGGAAGUGGGACAGAGAACCAUAUAUAUACACCUUAUCUUUCUGUUGCUGUUUGUUUUGAUACUUGAGUCAACUUUGGGGGUUAUGGUAUGUGUGAGAAUGGUGGUGCUAUUUAGGGUUGUUAUGCUAUAUAUUUGCUUGAUGCUUUUAUUUCUAGUUCCAUGUAUUUACUAUUUAGAAAUUUCCUACUAAGAGUUUGCUAAAGGCUUAGUUCCUUUAAUAAUGGAUUGUUGCUCUCUAAUUCAAGCAAUAAAAUACAUAUUACUAUAUAA